UGGAGAGAAUCUACAAACAAUAUUCCAUAGAUGCCACUUUCCAAAUAAAACGAACGGUUCAUAUAUGCUGCAAAAUUUACGCCAAAGAAAAAAAAGGUAUGGAAAUUCAAAUACAAAAGAAUCGAGGGAUGCAAAAAUAAAUACACAAUUUCAAAAGCGUGUUCACGGAAAGGUCCUGGAAAACCUAGCCCCAAAGCCAAGUCGCUGCUGCUUACGGACCGGGAUGACUAUAUAUAGGCUUCCGACCCCUCCCUCUCAAUUCAACCAAACCUCACUCCUUAUUAUAUGGGGUUUGACGUUUGGGACGUCUUCUUCCUCUAACCUCUCCUCUUUGCUUUCCUGUCUUCAUUCUCUCCAAAUCAAACGCUGCACAAGAAGAGAUCCAGAAGAAGAGAUCUAGAUCAUGGGGAUUUUGGACGCCGGAAUGAGAAUCGCCGCCAGGUUCAACUCUCACUGCCCUCAGACUUCGAGGAUGUACUACCAUCCUCCGCCGCCGCCUCAUUCCAAAAACGUCGACAAGUCGACUCACCACCGCGAGGGCGAUAACGACGUCCCCCACCGCGUUCAAGGAUCUCCUUCCAGCGACGCGGCUGCUGCCGUGUUCUCCAAGGCUGUGGCCAGGAUCGAUUCUGCGGAUUUCAUUCUCUAUGCUGCUAUUUGAAGAUGAAAUUGAUCGAAGCGCUAACGGUGUUACUUUAUGCUGUCUAAUUUGAUUAUUUGACUAAUUCCAUACUCAUACCAAUUUUAAUUUUACAGCUGGAUACAGCUUCAUAUAUUCGUUGAUUUCUGGUGAUUUGUUACUUGGCGUUAUGAACCUAUCUAUUCUUGUCUCCAAAUUUUGGAAAGGUUUCGGUCGUUAAUUACUCC